AUGUCCCGAAACAUUCAGCGAAAAUACCGACCCCCGCCAGCCAAGGCGGCCACCAAGCGAAGGGGCUCCGUCUCUUCCUCCUCCCUCGACCUUUCCGACGACGAUGGCUAUUCCGGCCUCGAGGACGUCAGUGACUCGGACGAAGAGGAUGAGGAGCAUGUAUUUGCGGCCGAGGAGGAACACAUAAUAUCCAAUGAAGCGCAUAAGCGCUCAUCGGUGCCGCCUCGGUCGCUUGAUGAUGAAAACCUGGAUGCUGACGAAGAGGAAGAGGAUGACGGCGAGGACGAUGACGAUGACGACGAGGACGACGAGGACGAUGACGACGAGGACGAGGAAGAGGACGAGGACGAGCUGGACGAGCAUGAGGGCGCCACCUUGGAGUCGUUGAGCUGGGAAGGCAUCAUGUCAGAGCACGAAGAAUUGUCAACGGAUCCAGCUUCCUACAUGUUUGAUCAUGACGUCGCCAAUGUGGAACGCCACGUACGUUUCACCGGCGUGCCUGAUAGCGACAGCGACUCGACGACGAGCGAUGCGUCAGGCGAGGCUCAAGACUUCUUCCCAGAUAUAUUUGUGGAGCAGAGCUCUCUCGACCCUGCUUUCCGCCGCGAGAUCGAGAACGAUGACGAUUCGUCCAACUCUGGGUCGUUCUGGGACUUCAACAGCAGCUCCCAAGACCUUCAUGUGCCUAAUUCGGAUGUCGCCCAAGUGGACGAAUAUGACGAUGCUACUCCCAUCGCGACGCCAAUGGCAAGCCAGGCUCUAACGGAAGCGUCAACCCCUGUCGCUUCUGGCGAAGUACAGGAGCUUGAUGGCUAUGAAACCGAUGGUGAUACAACCGAAGAAGACACUCCAGAACCCGUCGUCCGUAAGAAGACAAAACGCCCCUGCACGUUCGAGGUGUCGUCUGACUCGGACACGGAGAGACCUAUACGCUUCCGGCACGGCAAGCCUCGUGUUGGCCAGUUCAAUUUGGACAGGGCGGGCAAGAAGCCCAUUGCUGUCCUCAAUCCCGUCUCGCGCAAGAUGAUGAUUUUCACUCCGCAGAGGAUGAGCCGGCUGGACCUGUCACCCGAGUCGUUCAAUAUCGACUUUUCCACGCAGGACCUGUCGGCCUGCUCUCCCAUUCUCAGCAAUCCUGGCUACGUCAUGAUGGGUGCAAUGCUCUCGUCAAACACUUUCGGCGACUUUAUGAACACGCAGCCAUUUGGGCCUGCCGAGGCCUUCUUCCCUCUCACCUCGGACGCAAUCACGGGGGACGAUAGUGACGCUUCUGAGUCUGGCGCUCCGCAGGAGGACGAAGAAGAGAGCAUGCUCAAGAUUGAGGACUUCAUCACCUUCCACCACGACUCUUCUGACGAAGAAGAAGAUGGGGGGGGCCCUGACUGGACCGGAGACGGAGCUUCGAGCCCUUCACGGCCCAAGACGGCUGCCAGCGGCACGAGCGUAGCUACGGAUACGUCGGCGGCUGACGCCCAUCCUCUGCUGAGUCAUUUUGGUAAUAACUCUGAAGCUGUCGGUGCUUUCCGCCGAAACCAGAUUAACCAACAGCUCAUCUUCAGCGACAAGGCGAGCCAGGACUCGCUCGCUUUCUCGGGUCCGUACUACCACGGUACUCUCAGGGGCAUCAAGACAGGCAGCAUGGAGACGGUCACAACACCAAUCACACCGGCACGUCGACAGAAGAGAAAGGACAGCACUGCUGGCGGAAACAGCCCGGGAAGUUCGCCUAGCAUCCUGUCACAGAAGAGAAAGGCUUCGCAGAGCUUCGCCGACGCCAUGCACAAGCGACAGCGGAGCAUCUCCGAGCUAGGCGUCAUGCGUAUCUGA